CUCACUGAUAAAUCAACACUGCACCCACAGAAGCUGAAACCAUGCCGCCGAUGGAAUCUUCACUCCGGCGAAAGCUUCACCACAAGCCAUUCAAUCUUCAAGUUCGAUUCUUCUCUUCAACGUCAGUACCAAAGGUCCAGAAGAAUCCAAGAAUAGAGAAGAUAUUGAUCGCCAACAGAGGUGAAAUAGCGUGUAGAAUAAUGAGGACCGCUAAAAGAUUAGGGAUUCGAACUGUUGCCGUUUACAGUGACGCCGAUCGAUACAGUCUCCAUGUGAAGUCCGCCGAUGAAUCCGUUCGAAUUGGACCCCCACCGGCUCGGUUGAGUUAUUUAAACGCUUCGUCAAUUGUUGAAGCCGCCAUUCGAACUGGUGCUCAGGCAAUCCACCCAGGCUAUGGUUUCUUAUCAGAAAGUGCUCAGUUUGCUCAACUUUGUGAAGAUGGGGGUUUCACUUUUAUUGGUCCUCCUGCAUCUGCAAUACGGGACAUGGGUGAUAAAAGUGCAUCAAAGAGGAUAAUGGGCGCAGCAGGGGUACCGCUUGUGCCUGGAUAUCAUGGUGAUGAACAGGAUAUUGACCUUAUGAAGUCAGAAGCAGACAAGAUUGGAUAUCCUAUUUUGAUAAAGCCAACUCAUGGAGGUGGAGGCAAGGUUUCCUCCUAUCAUUAGUGUUCUGUUGUCAAUUAUUUGAUAUUAC